ACAAAAACCUCGACCUCUUUCGCUAGCGAGCGUUGGUUUCUUGCGGUCCACCGUACGUAGCGGCUUCUCAGUCUCAGUACUUUUCCACUCUCUGAGAAGACGCCCCCACGCAGUCGACUUUCCGCACCUCUCACUGGCUUGUUUUUCUCGCUCUGCCGAUCCGCCGCUCGGAGCUCAGAGCCCCCUAUCUCCUUCAAGCUCAUUAGCCUGCUUCAUUCUUCAGCCGACCAUUGCCGUGAGAAGUCAGUCCGUCGUUUCCCUCUCCGAGGCCGGAUGGUAAAAUCCAACCUCCAGCGGAUCCUGAAUAGUCAUUGCUUUGCUCGCGAAAAAGAAGGAAAACCACAGCAUCUUACUACCAUGGCUGCUUUAAGUAGUAGUAGUAUUUGUGACAUGAUUGGCAACCUGUCCCUGCACUGUAGCAGUACCCGCGGUCCAGGGCCUCUGUGGUGCUCCGAUGCCCCUCUCCCACCCCUGAAGAUCCCAGGUGGGCGAGGGAAUGGUCAACGGGAUCACACUCCUUCAGCUCGGCCGCUGUAUUCGGACAGGAAGCUCACCGUGACGGAGGAGCCCCCGGGGAGCGGGCGCCCCAGGAUCCUUCACUUUCAGAGCCUGCCCACCGUGUCCCGGGUGAUCCACUGGGACGCGGUGCUGAGUGACAACAACCUGUAUGUGGAGAUCCCCAAGGAUACCCUCCCUGAGGGCAGCAAGGAGAGCUUUGCAGCCCUCCUGGAGUAUGCUGAGGAACAUCUGAAAGUUGUCAGUGUGUUUGUCUGCUUUUACAAGAACAGAGAAGACAGAGCAAAAUUACUGCGUACAUUCAGCUUUCUGGGCUUUGAGAUUGUGAAACCAGGCCACGCCCUUGUCCCGCCUCGACCUGAUGUUUUCUUCAUGGCCUACAACUUCGACAGGGAUUCCUCUGAUGAAGACUAGUUCCAACCCCCAUCCCCUUAAAACCACAGACCCCCAAACCUCCACACCCACCCCCACCCCCACCCCCCUGACCCAAGUGCUUACGGCCUCCCAUGCUUUUGUGUUUCAAGGAAGCAUAUAGGUUUAGAUGUCACCGUUACUUGCUUUGUGUGGCUUUUCCCUGUUUUUUGCUGUUGUGUCUUUCUUUUAUUACUCAUUGGUAUUUUCAGUACUUCAGAGGGACUCCUACCAGGGACCCUCUUAGAUGGGUUUUCACAAACACAACUGUGAGCAUAUUGCAAUUCUUAUAUCAGUCACAAUUGUCAUUUUACGCUGAAGGAAGAUGCUUCGUUUUCUGAAUGUAUUAAAAAAUAGGUCAGUUGUUUUAAACUUGAUAUUCUGGCUCUUACCUCAUUGGCUAUUGUUUAAAAACAAAAAUGCACCCAUUCCCUCCCUUCAACCUAAAAAAUGCCCUUUAUUGCAGUGUAAGCAUUCAGUCUCUUUAAAGCCUUAUAGAAAUGUUUUGUGUGGUAGCUUCUGUGCUAAAGAUCUUUCUGCCGACCUAAUACAUGGUACGUAAUUGCUGGAUUAUUCCUAAGAGACCAGAAACAUGGACUGAAAUUAAGUGAGGAAUGAGUGCAGCAUUGUUUGAGACAAGUUAGACUGGUCAAGUAUGGAAAAAAAAUACAAGUGGUGUAUGUUGUGGGAAUUUGUACAAGGCUAAACAAACCCAAAGUUCUUUUUUUCUGUCGUGCACAAUGUUACAAAGUCUCAGCAUUCUUUGGAAUGGAAUGUGCAGUGUGCUGUCUUGACUGGGAUUUGGUCUAGCAUUCCUUCACAACAUUUUGGUAUUUUCCUAUAGUUUCAGUUUAUUGAUGUACAUCUGCAUAGUGGUACCUUUAUUAUUGUGCAUCUGUGAUAAUAAAAGGUUAAAGUACA